CUCUCUCUUUCUGUUUAUUCCUUCCUCUUUUAUAUCCGCCCUCUCGUUUCCAUGGACUUCACCUGGAUAUCCGAUGUCACCGGCACUCGAAAGCAUCCGCCGUACCUGUCAAAGCCAUCUACUGCCGGUCCUUCACCCUCAUUAGUAAGAACGCUUGAUAACUCUUCGUUGCGAACAGCGUCAGCAGCACCUGGCGGCAACACAACCACCACCGUCCGCCGACCUAGGGCGGGAACCAUGCCUGCUUCGAUGUUUCCUUAUGCAUCCGAAAGUUACAUGUCCUCAACGCUGGGUGCUCCGUUAGUCUCUUCUACCGAUGCAACCUCCUCUUCAGCAGCAUCAGCAGCAGCAGCGGCGGCAUCAAGGCAUAGAUCCGGGUCGGCCACGUUUGCAACGGAAAGUGGCCUUGGUGCAACGUUGUUCAGUUCCGCUCUCAGCCCAUCGUCGUCCAUUGAUGCACCUGUGUCGUCGGUUGACGAAGCAGCUGGUGGUACCAUUGUCAGCACCUUGGCUUCGCUCGGUUUAGAUGAUGACUCAACCUAUCAAGACCACCACACUCACAACCACCGUAGCAGCAGAAGCAACAACGACAACAGCAAUGGUAGUUAUGCACCUUUACCAGCCCUGUCGAUCACAGCAAGUGGUACGCCGUCGACCAGUAUUCCCGCUGCGGGUGGUACUGGCUUGCCUACACCUGUCCGCAGCCGGGCUUAUACAGUGGGAACACGGAUGGAACGACCGAAUAUCGGCAGGUUGUUGGCUCCUUCAACCAUGCGGUUUGACCCGUUUUCUUUGGAAAACGAACAAACGACACAGCAGCAGCAGCAGCAGCAGCAACAACAACAGAGACCGCGUGCCAUUAGCUUGGGCAUGGUCGAUGAAUCACCUGCCAUCCCUCCGUCACUUCAACUAAUGUACCAGACACAGCAACAGCACCAACAGCAAGCAUCUUUGCGAACCUCGCGCAGUAGUAAUAAUUUAUUGGACGUGUUGAGCUACAACGACGAGGGUCAUGAUUAUCAACAGCAGGAUCUGAUCACCGCUGCAUCAUCGUCCUCAACGCCAUCCUCCCCUUCGUCUGCAGCUGCACAGAUCCCUUCGCGUGCGCUGUGGCUAGGCAAUAUCACGCCGUCGCUGAGCAUCUCUGAUCUUCUUCAGCUGUUUUCGUGCUACGGUACUGUGGAGAGUGCCCGAAUUUUAUCGGACAAAGAAUGCGCGUUUGUUAACUUCACGAAUGUGGAGUCGGCGGUGGCUGCUAGGAAUGAUCUUGAAACACGGCUGGGAAGUAAACUGCAGGGUGCAACCGUCCGUGUCGGAUAUGGAAAAGCCGAUGUCAGUCAAGCCAUGGCGAACACAACCGAAGCUGGUCCGAAUGCUCAAGGGCCUACACGUGCAUUGUCGAACAUGAACCCGGGAAUCCUGCGGACGAUUUUUCAGCCAUUCGGGGCGAUCGAAUCUGUUCGCGUUCUGUCACACAAAAACUGUGGUUUUGUGAAUUUUGAGCAGCAGCAAGAUGCAGUGCGUGCACGCAGAGCAUUACAAAACAAAGAGAUUCUGGGUCCAGGUACAGGCGCUGUGCGCAUUGGAUUUGCUAAGGCGCCAGUGCUAGGAACAGCAGCACCCAAUGUGAUACCACCACCACCACCAGCAGCGACGAUCGAUGAAGUCGAUGAUCGGGAUGGAUUUAACCUGCAUGCAACACUGUCGGCUGCUUCGGCAGCUGCAUCCUCCCCAGACACAUACCAGGCCACUCAGUGGGCUGCUGCGAUGAUGAUGUCGAGUAUGAUGAAAGGUGUCAUCGGUCAGCAGUAUAACCCUGCGCAGCCGUCAGCAGCAGCAACAACAGCAGCGCAUCCUACCAGCUUGUAUGCUGCGAUUGCAGCUGAACGGCGCUUUAUCAUGCAGCAGCUAGAUCAUGAGACUGUAUCAGCAGAAGAAGCAUCACAAGAUGAAAGAGCCCCCAUGACGUAUUGCUCUGCCAUUCCUUUGGUACCUGAGCUGGGCUCAGAUCGAAAACUAGAACCAUUACGUUUGCGGGAAAUGAGAAAGCGAUUAGAUAAUGGACAGGCGUUGCAGGAUGUCGAAAACAUGGCUUUAGAAUGCAUGGACGAAGUUGUAGAGCUUUGUAAUGAUUAUAUUGGCAACACAGUGAUCCAAAAAAUUUUUGAGUUCUGCACCGACGAGACACGACUUUGCAUGUUGGAGCGUAUUGCGCCUUUCCUUGCCUCGAUUGGUGUCCACAAGAACGGUACCUGGGCUGCGCAAAAGAUCAUUGACCACGCAAACACACCUACCCUUAUUCAAAUCAUCUCUACACACAUUGCGCCGUACGUGCCCUUGCUAUUACUAGACCAAUAUGGAAACUACGUUGUCCAAUGCUGUCUACGCAAAGGCGCCGACUCGAGCCAAUACAUCAUGGAUGCGAUUGCCGACAAGUGCUGGGAAAUUGGACAGGGAAGAUUCGGCGCACGUGCAGUACGAGCGAUCCUUGAAAAUCCCGUCGUUACUAGAGAACAACAGGUAUAUGUUGGAGCGGCUAUCAUCCAGAACGCUGUUUUGUUGACAACAAACGCCAACGGCGUCCUCUUGUUGAUCUGGCUUUUGGACACAUCCGAACUGCCUGGUCGAUUCGGCGCUUUAUGUCCACGUUUGCUUCCUUAUCUGAGUAAGCUUUGUACACACAAGCUCGGCGCCAUGACAAUCUACAAAAUGAUCAACCAAUGCCAAGAUUUGGAUGCCCGGAACUUGCUUCUGAACGCCAUAUUUAACGAAGCUGCUUUACUCGACGAUGUCUUGCGUGACCAGGUGCAUGGGCUUGGUCUUGUGCAAAAAAUUAUUGCUAUUGCUCAACUUGAUCGCCGUGAUGAGCUUGUCAAGCUGGUUAUGGAAUCAUUGACCGAACGCCUUCAUGUACAAGCAACGACGCAAGCUUACAAGCGGCUUUUUGAAGAGAUUGAGCAGCAGCAGCAGCAGCAGCAACAACAACAACAAGGCGAGUCAUCAACACCUGCAAUAGCAACUGUAAAGGAAUUAAACGAAGAACACAGCUGCGAUGAACAUCAACAGCAAUGGACACAAAGCCCUCAAGCAGUAGCAAUGAUGGCAAACAUGUAUGCAGCUGCCAUGGCAACAGCUGCAGCAACCAUGCAGCAUACUGUACCUGCACCGGCACCAGCAAUGCCUGAUUUGACCCAAUUUGACAACCUGAUCAAAUCAUUGCUACGGAACAGCACUACUCCUUCUAGUACUGCAACAAAUGCCGUUGCUACAGCCUCGAUCAAAGAUCAACAGGGAGGAGAAAAAGAGUCAGUUGACAUAAAUAACGAUGUUUGCGACGAUGACGGGGACAACAAAAAUAAUCCCCAGCAACAACAACAGUAAUAAGUUCUUACUAUAAAAAUGAGUAUUCCCCCACCUCUAUUCUAUCCAUUCUUUUUGUAUAAUUUCUGUUUUCCCUAUUUGGUAGAUGUAAUGCCCUAAACGUAUUGUUGCCUAUACGCAUUUCCCCCCCCCCAUCCCCUUCCUAUACCUUUGUUUAAAAUAGUUAAUAGUAGCUCUACAAGAACAAAAAAAAAUGUAAAUAUAGUAAAGCAUGUUAUGUCCAGCAGUUUCCCCUUCUAUUGUCACCAUGGUGAGUAAUUACUGUAUAAAUAUG